CAGAUUUUUGACAUUGUCGCCAAAAUUUUAGUGUUUAGCAAAAUGAAUUAGCAUAAUGCAGCAACCAAUUCCAUUUCACAUAAUUUGAAAUUCAUAAUGAGUAGACAUGGAACGAAACCUAAAAAACCUCAAAAGUUAAUAAUUCCAAAGGGUACGAUCGAUUUCAAUGAUACGGCUAUUAUAGAAAUUCCACCAGAAUAUAGAAACCAGGAUGUUGUUAUUGCUAAGAAGUCUAGAUCGUCUGUCCAUUCUCGGUCCAGAAUCGACGAAAGUUCUGGAAUUGGACCUAGAUAUUCUCAGAGAUCGAAUUAUUCCUCCCAGACUUACGAUCCCUGGUAUGACGAGGGCGUGGCUGAAUCUUCAUGCCAAACGACAUUGGACGAAACUGAUAUUGAAAGAUUAAUGGAGGACUUAGAAGCCUAUUAUCAAGCUCAGAAAAAAUUUCUUAUAAAAUCUUCAACGUUAUUUAGAAAAAAGGCAGAUGAAUACCAAAAUCAACAAACAGCUGCCCUCUGUGAUUGUUCGCGACAACAAGGAUGUUCCGGUGCUUCGCCAUCAGGUUGUACUUCAGUUAUUGUGUUAAAAAAUAAAUGUUUUGAAACCGAAGAUUCUUAUGCUAGUAUGAACAGAGCUCCUCAACCUGGUGGUACUAGAGCACGAGAUGCUUUUAGCGGUACAAGGAUAAAUGCAAGCCACCAUUACGAUGCAGAUUUAAGUACGUCUAGAAAUGUUCCAGCAGCUUCCCAUGUCAGCCAACCUUUUAGCUUUUUCUCUUACGGAGGUUCUGCUAAUGAAACAUUUCGCUCUCAAAAUGUAACUGUUCCACAAGAUACUACACGGCACGAUCUCAGUUAUGAUCUGUUUAGAGAAGGAGCAGGGAGAAGUUUUGAUGAAUCCAAAAGCGGUCCAAUAACUAGUUCACAGACACGAUUUGAUGCCACGAUUCCUGCGAAACCCAUUCUACGGAGAAAUAACGCAAACAGUAGUGGGGUAGCCGACAUGAGUACAGGAAAUUUUUCUUUUGGACAAAUGGAUGCUAGCACCUCGAGAGAUCAUCAAACUUUUCAAAAGCCUUCAUCGAAAUUUGCAACACUUAUGGCAGAUGACGACAUUAGGGCUCUCAGAAAUGAGUCCGAAACUGCCAGAAAGAGUUUAGAUGACAUGCCCGAUCAAUGUGACGAUAUUAACUGUCCUGCUAAGAUCCAGGAUCAAAAAUGAAAAUAAAACUAUCCGAAGAUUUAGUUAUAUUUUCACAUGUUUUAUAUCUUUCAAAUGAAUGUUUAUAAAUAUAUUUAA